AGAAAAUAUAAACAACAACAACAAACCAAAACAAAAUUCAUCCGUUAUGCUGCACUGCUUUCUGCAUAGUUAAGUGGUUUAGUCCAAUCAUCUCCAUCUCCAUCUGCCGAAUCUGCAUCUCCAUUUGGCGAUCAGCAGCAGCUCAUCAUCAUUAUCAUCAUCAUCAUCUGAUUAUAAUCUGAUCACCAUUGGACACCAACCUCAUCAUCACAAUGGAUGGCCAACGGGCUAGAGAUCUACUCACUUUGCUCCAGGAGCGGGUAGUCCUCUUGACUGGCGGCCGGGACAGGCGAGGCGGACCAUUAUUAUGCUUUCCAGCCACACCGAAACGAGAUCGAUUAAAGCCCGAGGAUUUGCGGCGUUUACUUAUCUAUUUGAUAAGCAUACCAAGCGAUGUGGCCAAGAAUCUUGGCUUCACAGUCAUCAUUGACAUGCGAGGUAAUGGCAACUGUUCGACGAAUGUGAAGACCAUAUUAAAAGUGCUGCAGGAGCACUUUAGUGCAAAUAUCCAUAAUGUGGUGAUCAUAAAGCCGGAUAAUUUUUGGCAAAAGCAACGAGCCUCGAUAUCAUCGCAUAAAUAUAAAUUCGAGACGACAACCAUAUCGAUUGAGGCACUACACAAGAUAGCCGAAUCGCAUCAAUUGACAAGCGAUUUUGAGGGACAGCAGCAAUACGAUCAUCAGCAAUGGACCGAGGCCCGCAUGGCCAUUGAGGAUUUCUUCUGGCUAGCGGGUGAUAUGGCUGAUCGCAUUGACGAUCUGCAAGAGGAUCUCAAUCGCAACGAUUUUGCCGAGGAUGUAACACAGGCUCGGCAUGCCAUCGAUCAUCACAACGAAAUGCGUAAAAAGAUUAAUAAAUUGCCCAUUGGCGACUUGGAUGUCCAAUGUACAAAGCUUAUGCCCAAAAUAAAUAUGGUGGCUGGUGGUGGAGCAUGUCCAACGGGACAGAAUACAGCCACAGGAUCGGCCACUGCCUCUUCCAAUGAUACAGCCAGUGUGGAUUCAGGUACUUCAUCGGCCGGACAGCAACGUGCUGCCAAUCCGGAUAUGGCAGCGGCCAUUAAUAAGGCCUUGCGUCAAAUUGACCUCAUACACACGGGUCAGGAGAGCCUUCUGAUGCUGUGGCAACACAAGAAGGCCAAGCUCGAUCAGUGUUUCCAGUGGCGUCUGUUCGAGCAGGAUUGCGAGAAAAUGUUCGAUUGGAUUCUACACAAUCGUGAUGUGUUCCAGAUGAGCUAUGUGGAAAUUGGUCACAAUUACUCGGUGGCCAAGUCACUGCAGGAUGAGCAUCAGAAAUUUGCUGUUGCCUCGAUGAACGUUUCGGUGAAUAUCGAUCGCAUUUUGGCUGUGGCCUCCCGCCUUAUCGAGAGUCAACAUUAUGCUGCCCAGCAUAUAAAGACAUUGGCUCAACGCCUGGACAGAACCUGGAAGAAUUUCGCAGCCGGGUUGGAUGAGCGCACCGCUGUGCUGCAGUUGAGCGUACUCUUCCAUCAUAAGGCCGAACAAUAUUGCAAUAGUGUGGUCAGUUGGGCAGCUGCCUGUCAGGCCUCACAGCCCCUACCCUCGGACAUUCAGAGUUUGGAGACGGCCAUACGAACGCAUCAGUCGCUGUAUGAGGCCAUGUGUCAGGCCUACACCGAGGUCCAUUCGACGAGUAAGAAAUUGCUCUAUCAAUUGGAUCAUUUGGUGCAGGUCUGUAAUCAGCCGCCGCCUCCCGGAGUGCCCGAUCAUCGUAAGAAUAGUGCGAAUUUCAAUAAAUACGAACGACAGAAUCCUGCUGCCGACUACAGUGAGGGGGCAAGUCAUGUUUUGGCUGUGAUCCAUCAGAUUUUGGGUCAUCAUCGUACCCUGGAGGCCAAGUGGCAUCAGGAGAAGAUACGCUUGCAUCAGACCCUGGCAUUGCGUCUCUUUCAGGAGGAUGUUAAGCAAGUGCUCGACUGGCUGAAGAAUCAUGGUGAGGUAUUCUUGCGCAAGAACACGGGAAUCGGACGCAAUUUGCACAAGGCCCAAGUCUAUCAGAAUUCCCAUGAGCAUUUCGAGAAUGUGGCCCAAAAUACUUAUAGCAAUGCAGAGAAAUUACUUUCCGCCGCCGAGGAAUUGGCUCGCAGUGGCGAGGCAGACCCCAAUGAGAUAUAUUCGGUGGCCCGGGAACUCGAACUGCAGGUGGCCAGCUUUGCAGAGAGGGUGGAACAACGACGGCGUCGCCUCGAAAUGGCUGUGAUCUUCUAUACGCACGAGAAGGAGGAAUCGGCCUGGAUCGAUCAAUUGCGUACGGAUGUCAGUACGGAUGAGACGCGUCUCUCGCAGGAGAAUCUCGAGGGGAUUGAACGUCUGUUGCAACAGUAUAGGAAUCAGCAAGAGAGCACUGUGAAUCGUUGCAUGACCACCAUAGCUCAGGGUGAAGCCCUCCUCCAGGAGAUGCGCUCACUGGAAUAUACCGAUAAUACAGGCUCAUUGGCCGCCUUGGAGGCCACUCUGGAGAAGCUGAGCAAACAGAAAAUCGAACUAGAGGAACUCUGGUCUGCCCGCAAAUUUCGUGCUGAUCUCAUUUUGCGUUUGCGUUACUUUGAGCGCGAUGCCAUGGAACUGUCAUCGCAGCUGGAAAUCUGGUCGGAAGAACUGCAGCAUGAGGUUCUAUCGCGGGAUUACCAAAAGGCCGAGUCCCUAAUACGCUUGCACAACGAGUCCGUUACGGAUAUACAGAAUGCCACCUAUGAGGUGUUACAGCAGGGUCAGGAUAUCCUGCAGCUCUUCGAGAAUGCCGGCUUCAUUUCGAUGGCCGAUGCCACGCAUACGGCCCAGGCUCGUAUUGAAUACCUUCUGGACUUUUUGCGUGAACGUGAAAUCGACCUGGAGGAGCUGUCCGAGGCGAAGCGAGCCAAAUUGGAGCAGGCAGUGCAAUUGUGUCAGUUCCAGAAUGAUGCCAAUCAGGUGAUAUCCUGGAUACGUAAUGGUGAGGCCAUGCUGGUGGCAAGUUUCGUUACGCCCACAAGUCUGCAGGAGGCGGAACAAUUGCGCAAGGGUCAUGAACAGUUUCAGAUUGCAAUUGAGAAGACACACACAUCGGCCGUGCAGGUGAAAUAUCGAGCAGAUGCAUUGAUCAAUGCCAAUCAUUAUGAUCCACAAUCGAUACGUGAUAUCAGCGAUGAUGUCACCAAGAAAUGGCAACAGCUGGUAACCUAUGCCGAGGAGCGGCACAAACUCGUCACGGCCUCAAUGAAUUUCUUCAAGACGGCGGAACAAGUCUGCUCCGUGCUGGACAGCCUGGAGCGAGAAUACAAGCGGGAAGAGGAUUGGUGCGGCGGCGGUGGCAGUGGCAGCGGCAGUGAGAAGGUCCAAACCAGUGUGAUUCAGCAUAUGUCAAAGCAUCAGGAGCAAAAGGAAGCCUUCCUCAAGGCUUGCACACUGGCUCGACGUACGGCGGAGACAUUCCUCAAAUAUGCGAAUCGAUCGCAGCAAUAUUAUCAAUUUAAGGGCAAUUGUGAGGCCCAUGUGAAGAGCAAACUGGACAAAUUGCUGACUCAGGAGAAUCAGGUCCUCGACUAUUGGACAAUGCGCAAAAAGUGUCUGGAUCAGUGCCAGCAAUUUGUGCUGUUUGAGAAAAGUGCCAAAGAGGCCAUCGAAUGGAUACACAAUACGGGCGAGGGAUAUCUUCUCUCUCGCUCGAAUCUGGUGGGCAUCACCAAAGAGGAGACAGAAGGUCUGCUCAGAGAGCACAACGAAUUUCGCAGCACGGCCAAGGAGACGCGAGAGCGGGUCAAAUUGCUUAUCCAAUUGGCCGAUACCCUGGUGGAGAAGGGUCAUGCCCAUGCCACAGAUAUUAAGCAAUGGGUGGCAUCGGUGGAUCAGCGAUACAAAGAUUUCAGUAAUCGCAUGGACAGCUACUGUGAGCAGCUGGAGAAAUCUUUGGGUAUGAGUCAGCAGCAACUGCUGCUCGGAUCAUCCGAUGCCAAUAGUUCGAUUAGCUCCACCUCGGGUAGCACCAACUCAGCGGAUCGUCACUCGGAUCCAACACUGGAGGCGAAACUAACUGGCGCUUCGGUUAAGUCAGCUGUCAGCAAGGAGAUCAACGAAGAGAAACGCAAAUCGGCCAGACGAAAAGAGUUCAUUAUGGCCGAGCUAAUGCAAACGGAACGGACCUAUGUCAAUGAUCUGGCCACUUGCAUUAAAUCGUUUGCCGAAGAGUUUCGCAACGGUCGCAAUACCGUUCCAGCUGGUCUUGUUGGUCAGGAGAGUGUGAUUUUCGGUAAUAUACGGGAAAUUCAUCAUUUCCAUCAGAAGAUUUUCCUCAAAGAGCUAGAGAAAUAUGAGACAAUGCCCGAGGAUGUGGGCCAUUGUUUUGUCACUUGGGCAUCCAAGUUUGAUAUGUAUGUGCAUUAUUGCAAAAACAAGACGACAUCGAAUAAUCUUCUAGUGCAACAUGCGGGCACCUAUUUCGAGGAAUUGCAACGCCGCCUCGAAGUGGAGCAUCCAUUGCCCGCCUAUCUCAUUAAGCCAGUGCAACGCAUCACCAAAUAUCAGCUGCUGCUCAAGGAUCUGCUAUCGUGCUGCGAGGAGAGCCAUGGCGAAAUCAAAGAGGGUCUCGAGGUCAUGCUCAAUGUGCCGAAGAAGGCCAACGAUGCCAUGCAUCUGUCUCUGCUCGAAAACUGUGAUGUUUCGGUGGACAAACUGGGCGAAGUUGUGCUCCAGGAUGCCUUCCAGGCUUGGGAUACCAAGCAAAUAAUACGCAAGGGACGCGAACGUCGCGUCUUUCUAUUCGAAUUGUAUAUACUCUUUGCCAAGGAGGUCAAAGAAUCGAAUGCUGUCAAAUAUAUAUUUAAAAGUAAACUCCUUACCAACGAUGUGGGCAUAACCGAGCACAUCGAGGGCGAUGAGACGAAAUUUGCCGUAUGGACGGGUCGUUCGCCCAUGCUCUCCGAUUGCCGCAUAGUCCUCAAGGCGAAUAGUAUGGAAACGAAACAGAUUUGGGUUAAGAAACUGCGUGAAGUCAUGCAGGAAACAUUCUUCUCGGACACCUCGCUAACAUUGCCAAAAUCGCCGGCCAAACACUCGGGCUCAUCGCAACGAUCCUCAAGAGAUCUGGAUGAGCCGCUAACCGAGAACGAUCACGAUCGUUGCUCAUUGGCCAGUUUCGGUUCAGGCAAUACAACAGACAGUGAUAAUAAGCUCGGCAAUCAGGAAGCCACCUGGGUGGUUGCCGACUACACAGCCAGCUCGGGCAGCAAUGAGCUAAGUGUUAGUAAGGGACAGCAAGUGGAAAUUAUUGAAUUGCCCACAGCCAGUGAGCCGCACUUUUGUCUGGUACGUCUCAAUCUCCAGCAUGACGAUGCAGCCGUGCAGGAAGGACUUGUGCCUGUUGCAGUGCUCAAACCGCCGCCAGGCUCACACAAGCCAGCAAGUUCAUCGUCGUCAGCCGUCGGGGCGGCAGCUCAGAAGGCCAACGAUAGCAUGCAGCAGGAUCAGGGCAAUCGCAGCGGCAAAGCGGAUGCUCUCUCCUCAUCCACCAAACGUCGUGGCUUUAGUGGGCGCAAAUGGCUACCGCCACCGUUGAGGAAACUAUCACAGAGCAAAGUGGAGAAGCCGCCAAAUGACAAAUCGCUCAUCAAGAAGCCCUCGGAGAAGAAUUUGCGAACACCGCAAAAGCAUGUCGAGGAGCAACAACAGCAACAGCAGCUGGUCGAGGGUGGAGGAGCCACUGGAACGCCAGUCAAUUUGUCAUCAACUCCACAGUACACAACGCCGCAGCAGCAGCAGCAGCAGCAGACUCAGCAUCAAGCGGACUUUGAGCCCGAUGAGGAGGCCGGUCUGGAAAUGCCGCCGCCAAUGAAGCCAAUACAGGAGCCACAUUUAAUUGCCAAUGGACCGCCCGCAUAUACAAAGGAUCUCAAGGAGCCAGCCAAUUUGGCCAGCGCUGGCAAAUUUGAUGAAAUCGAACAAAUUGUCCGAGAGAGAACGGAGCAACAUGAGUCCAAUAGUCGUGUGGAUGGCAGCGGUGGAAGUAGCACAGCAGGUGGAGGAGGAGGAGGAGCAGGCGGAGGUGGAGGAGUUGGUGCUGGUGGUGAGAAUGCCAAUACCAAUGGCCAUGGACGUUCACAUGCCGGCGAUAACAAUGAGGAGAAUCACACUUCAGCCAUGGAUAGCAAAGAAGCGGCUCAAAGGAAACGCCAGCAUGUGCUUAAAGAGUUGGUAACCACAGAGGAGACUUAUGUCUCAGAUCUAAAUGAAAUUGUCAAUGGUUAUAUGGCCGAAGUGUAUAAUAGCAGCAGUGAUAUACCCAUGCCCGAUGAUCUAAAGGGCGGUAAAAUACGUUUGGUAUUUAACAAUAUCAAGGACAUUCACGAUUGGCAUAAAGAAUCAUUUGUGCGGGCUUUGCGCCAUUGCCAGAAGACGCCCUCUGAGUUGGGUCCAUUGAUAAAACGUUCGACACCAAAAUUCGCCAUGUAUUAUUAUUAUUGCAGCAACAAACCCUUGUCCGAAUUCAUAGUGAGUGCCCAUUAUGAUUAUUUUGAUUGUAUACGUCAGAAAUUGGGACAUCGCAUGGAUUUGCGCAAUUUGAUUAUUAAGCCAGUGCAACGCAUUACCAAAUAUGAGCUAUUGAUCAAGGAUCUAAUCAAGGCCACUGAGGGGGCUGGCCUACACAAAGAGGUGGCCAUACUGCAGGAGGCCUAUCAACAGAUGAAGGUGGUCGUUAAUACAGUCAACGAUAUGAUGAUGAUAUUGCGCAGCCUGCAGGACUUUGAUGGCGAGAUAACGGCCCAAGGCAAUCUGCUAAUGCAGGGUCCAUUGAAUUGUGUCACCGAAGCGGCCAAGCAGCGUGAAUUGCAAGUGUUUCUAUUCCAGCAGAUUAUCAUUUUUGCCGACAUUGAGAAGGCUAAAACACAAUUCUGCGAUCCCACCUUCAAAUAUCGCUCACACAUACAGCUAAAUCACAUGCAAAUCAAGGAGCUGGGCGAUUGUCGUUUCCAAAUAAAAUCAACGGAUCCAAAUAAACCGGAAGUGGUUAUGAUUUGUCAGGCUUCGUCAAAGGAACGCUAUGCCGAAUGGUGGGGCAUGUUGGAGAAGAUACUUGAGCAGCAGAACGAGUUAAUCAACAUACUCUCCAAUCCCAUUCAAUAUCAUCGCUAAUGUCCAUUAAGAACAACAAAGCAACAACAAAAACAAAAAUGAGCAGUGAUCCCAAAUUGAGCCACUAAUUAAAUUAAAUAAUGCGUUUAGUUAAGUGAAAUUAUGUAAAAACGUUGAUCACACACACACACACACAUACACAUAAAUAUUUCCAUCAUGAUGUUGAUGAAAAUGAUUAUGAUCAUGAUGAUGAUGAUGAUGAUAUUGUAAAGUGUUUUGGGCAAAGUUUUUCCUCGCACUUGUAUUUUGUCUAUUACACACAUACAAAGAAACACACACACACACACACACAUACUCAA